AUGAAUAACGAAGACAACAUUAUUAUUAAUAUAGAAGAUAAUCCUAAAAAUUGGUCAAUAUGGAGAAAACGUAUUAUACUUUUAGUGGUUUCUUUUGCUGCAAUGACUUCUCCAAUAUCUAGUUCUAUAUUGUACCCUACAUUAUUAAAAUUACGUACAGAAUUUAAUGCAUCUGAUAUAGAGGUUAACUCAUUAGUUUCAGCUUACGUGUAUAUUAUGGGAAUUGCACCACUUGGAUGGGCUGCAUACUCUGAUAGAUUUUCCUCAAGAACAAAUGUAUAUUUCACAUCUAUACCCAUAUUUAUACUGUCAAGUAUAUUGUGUGCCAUUUCACCAAAUCUCUGGUUGUUAUUGCUAGGUCGUGGCUUACAAUCAUUUGGAGCUUCUGCCAUGUUAUCAAUUGGAGCUGGUGUUAUUAGUGAUCUUUACAUUUCUACCGAACGUGGAACUGCAUACGGAUUUUUUUAUAUGGCUUAUUGGACUGGCCCAUUAAUUGGCCCAAUGAUAGGAGGCUACUUUACUGAAUAUACUAAUUGGAGAUGGAUUUUUUGGUUUCUAACAAUUUUGGGUGGAAUAAAUUUAUUACUUGUGAAAAUCUUUGUUCCUGAAACAUUUUUUUCUCACAAUCCUUCAAGAUCCACACCUGAAGUAAGACGUCGAUUUAAUCCACUCACGCCGCUUAAAUUGUUACGUUAUCCAGGUGGAACUUUGAUGAUAAUUUACAUUAGCAUUGUGUCAUCAAUAAUCCAACUUCAAUUUGUUAGUGUGCCUGUCAACUUCACCAUCAGAUAUCAUCUGACAUCAUCACAAGUCGGUUUGUUAUUCUUUGUGCCUGGUUUUGGAUUCAUGCUUGGCAGUUUUAUUGGUGGUAGAUAUUCAGAUUUUGUGAUGAAACAAGCAAGAAAGAAAAAUGGGAUUACUAAUCCAAAAUCAAGAAUUCAUAGUGCUUGGAUUAGUGCUGUAUUAGUACCAACUUCUUAUUUGAUUUAUGGUUGGUUGGUUGAAAAAGAAGUUCAUAUGGCUGGCCCAUUGAUUGCUUGGUUUUUUGCAUCAUUUGGUACCCAAGUAAUUUAUAACUCGAUGUCAACCUAUUUGGUUGAUGUUUUCACAGGUCAGAGUGCAUCAAUCAUAGCAUUGAACAAUUUUGUACGCAUGACAGCAGCUGGCACUUUAUCAAUUUCAUCAUCUCUAAUGGAAAAUCAAUUAGGAACCGGGUUGAUGUUUACUCUCUUGAGUGGAAUAUGUUUUGCCAGUAUUUCACUUUUAGUGUUGGUUUAUAUUAAAGCAAAAACUUGGCAAGAACAAUUUAAAUUUAGAGGAUUUACAAAUGCAAUUAGAGCAUUUGAGAUGGAAAUUAAAAAUGACAAAGGAUUUCAGGCAGAGAAAAUUGUCGAUGAAUUAUAUACAUAUGUGACAAGUAGUGAUAUAAAUGGAUUGAUGGAUACUUAA